AUGGAACUCGACGCCCAGCUGAACAACUGGUAUGACUUGAUUCCGCAGGUGAUCAAGCCCGACUUGAUGCAGACGCCUGGCACUAUCCGAGAUACUCUAAUGGUCCUACGCCGUCACCAGUAUGUUCGGUUUGCUGCGAUUAGGCUGAGUGAGCAGUCUGCGUCGACGGAGAUUGUGAUACACUCGGUCUUUGCCUCUACGGUUAUCAUCACCAUCGCCGCUCUCAACCCCUGGCUGGUGGGGCAUGUUCCAGACAUUGAAGACCUUCAAAAGUUUGCUAUCUCUACGAUGGGGCGUUGGGCCUUUCUGGGCUCUUGCAUCGAGGCGAUGACUUUGAUGCUUGGUGCUAUUCAGAAUAAGAAGAAAAUGUUGCAGGCAAAUAUUGUAACGAUACAAAGGUAA